UAAUAAAGGCGUUCAUUCUACAUCGAAUCAAUCCGGUGUCUCCGAGGGGUGUGGCUACGGAUUGCCUGCUGAGCCUCCGUUCCAUAACUUUUACCGAAGGGCGUGAAAAUCUUGGACUCGCUUGUCAGACUUGCUCUGGCGCUGAUACCGGUGACCCUGCUGGACGUUCUGAUGCGGCCGAAUACAUAAAGGUCUCCGCCGAUCCCACACUAGCUUGUUAAAGUUUAGCCUGGUUGGGGCGCGUAAGACGGCCAAAGAGCCUGCUGGUUAAGAUCUCCGCGGGACAGGUGAUUUCCAUAGGGACUCACACCUGCCCCACUUCCUCCUCAUUUGUCUUUAAUGUGCUGAAGGGAGUUUUGGGGAUAACGCCAUGUUUAAACUCGCAUGCAACCCAUUUAAAACAAAAAUUAAACGGAGCCGUCAUUAAGCGUGUAAGUGUACUGGUUAUUUUCGAUAAUGAAGAGAACGGAACAGGAGAACUUUACUGACUUCAAAGCUAUCAGAGCCAAGUUUCAAGAAGAGAUCACCUUAAACCAGUACAGAAGAAAACCGAUGGUCCCUGAAAAGCCCAGACAGAUUCCUUUGCCCCCCGGAGCUUGCCCGUCUCACCUGAGCACCAUCGCUGUGGAGACUGAGAGCAAGUCCUCAGUCCUGCCUAGAGCAAAGAAACAUGGCAAGCGUCCAGUCUCUUACCCACUGCCUCUUCCUCCCUGUACACCUUCCCUCUUCAGCGGCAAGACGGCAGAGAAAGAACAAAGUACAAGGCAGACAUCAAAGGACAAGCGAUUGUCUCUAGGGCUUCCUUUACCAGGAAAAGAGCAGAAGGUCAUCUUGAGUCUGCCUUUGAGCAGCUGCCUGCCAUCUGGCCAACCUGGGAAGAUGAGGUCCCCAGAAAACGACGUUAAAUCAACAUCUCCAAAAACCAGUGGGAUCUCCCUCGAUGCCAGCUCUCAAUCAAAGUCUCCCAGUAACAGUGCAGAAAUGACAUCCGGUUCUCCAUCUCCCAAAGGCAGAGGCUGCAUCUAUUCCAGGAGCACAUCUGCGCCUAGUGUUUGUAGCACUUUCGAAGAUGCUUCAGUUAGACACUCUACCCUCUCCAGCGCAGAAAGUGCUCAGGAUGUUAAUGGGGGAUCCCCAGAGACCAGUAGCCCUCCUUGGUUCUCCUUGAAGGCAUCCCCCAAACUGUCUCUCAUGGGCUGCGAGGGCCAGAAGGCAGAAGCUCCUCCUCAGAAACCCAAAAGUGUUUCUCAGACCAUCAGUGUUUCUGCCUUGGCUGCCAAGCUCAAUAUAGCCUCACACUGGAAGGUGCCGCAUAUACACAAGGAUGGUGCAGAUUGCAAGACAAACUGUUUGCAACUGGGGCAACCUGCUGAGACUGGUCCAGCUAAGAUACCUCUUCCCGAGUUAGAUUCCCUGGAUCCCCCGCCGGAAAAACCACCCAGACCCCAUUUAGUGGAUCUCGGCCCCUGCUGGGCCUUAUUUGGAAAGGAUCAACAUGAAAUUGGUGUUGGGGUACUUGAAUCUAUUGAUUUUGAAGGCCAAGCUCCUGAAUAUCCAGUGCCUCCUAAGCCUCAAGAUCUGGUGUGUCCAGAACUUGCAGGAACUUUCAAUGUGGCUUUUAAUGCCAUAGAGUCCCAGGCCUUUGGUGCUGCGGACCAGGGUCUUGAUGCCACAGACCUUGAGCCUAGAGAGUCAAAGUCAGCGGUUCUAGAGGUGCUGGGGUUGUGGACCAAGGGCUCUGCACCUGCUUUGGACCCUCCAGACCAGGAUCCUCCAGCUCAGAAUUCUGCUUGUGUCACAGAACUGCAACACAAAGACGCAAAGCCAUUAGUCGGACUUGGUUCUGAAAGACACAGUGAAAAUGCAGACAACGUCUAUGAAGACGUUGAGAUCACAAGCAAGCUUCGCCGCGGGCAGAAUACUUGGCGACGCAAAGUCAUUCCAAAAAAUCCGUACGCUGAUACUGAAGCGAUGGGUGAAGAUUCGCGUAAAAGCACAUGGUUUCACAACCCGUGGUUUGUGUCAGGAGAGCCUCCUGGAACUUUCUCACAUGGAAAUGGCAACGGGCGCAAGGAGAAUCGGGAGACCAAUGAGGACAGAGAGCAGAAGAAACGGGAAAAGAAGGAGCGGAGGGAGAGGGAGAAGAAGGAGAAUGAGAUGAGAAGGAAGUUCAAAAUAACUGGGCAGGAGGAGCCCAUGUACAAGGCCAAGGUGACAGUCACCAGCAAGGGCCGAAAGGGCGACCUUCCCGUACAGACCGGAGACAUCGUCAGCAUCAUCCGCACCACUGACUGUCCCAAAGGGAAGUGGCUGGCAAGGGACGAUGACCAUAUGUAUGGCUACAUCCCUGUGAUGAACGUGGAGCUGGACAUCAAGGAGAUGCUGGAGCUUGGAAAGAGGGCUUCCCAGGCAGCGGGCCGCCCCGCCGUUGAUGGAGACACCUUCAGCGAUGGGAGCAGGUCUUCUAACCAAUGCCGUGCUCACAGUAACAGCUUUACAGACAGCGAGGAAUGGACGUGUGACGAGGAAUCGAUCUCGUCUCCUUCAGAUGUGCGGUUGCAGAGUCGGACUGUGUCCAUGGCUGAAAUGUGCUACGCAAACGGCAAAGGGCAGCCGGCCGCCAGCGACGGCGGCUACGAGGACAGCCAGGCACUGACGAGGUAUGAGGCUCUCCAGAAGCUUGCUACUUUCUUCCAGCAGCAGCAAGAAAAUGAGAGCGUUGCUGAGGAAAACGAAGGACAGACUCCUCCAAGAACUGAAGUUCAACCAAGUCUGUGUUUGGCAGAGGAGCACACCAGUCUGUUCCGACCCGCUGCGUUUUUGAGUCACCGAAGCAGCGAGCCAGAAGGGGAAUUCCAGCUGAUGGACCUGAUCAUCCUGCCCCCCCCUGCGCCCUUCGCCGACCGGGGGUGACUGGCCUGACAGCCAGGCACACAGGAGGAGUGGCCAUCAGACUAUCAUCUGAGCCUUCCGGACAUAACCAAGUAUGGGAUGAAAGUGUAAAAUGCAAUACUUCAUUCGCUGAACGUUCAAGAUAGAUUGCAUGAAGGUUAUUGAAUAGAGAAGUGGAAAGAGUGACUGCCGGUCAGUUUUAAUCACUCGCCACCACGAACCAGUUUCCAGGGUUGCGAGAGCCAGUUUUGCAGAACUUUAUUUUUUGUUGCAUUAAGAGCAUCAGCAAGCUAAACUGUAAAACAUUGUCAUAAGCUGCUGAAGGUCAGCAUCGGGUUUAGAGCUGGUCACCUCAGCUGGGUCCUUGUACUUUUAAUCAUGGUUACUUUACACUGCAGAGAUCAGACAGUUAAUGACGAGGGGGAAAAGGGUUAUUUUUCUAUGAAUCUUGAAUAUGGUAAUAAAUAUGAUUCAGGUAAUCUAUAAAGGUUACCACAGAACAGAAGUUCUCUAGUUGCAGUUUCUGUGUUGGGUUUUUGAUUUGUUAGGAUUGGGGAUAAGUUCCAGGUUUGAUGCAGUAUAGGGUUUUGCACUGAUAUGUUCGUGACGACGUCUGUUUCAUUAAUGUCUCACUUAUACUGGGACCUGUUUGUCAAUAAAUGUCUUCAUUUA